AUGGUGUGGAUGCAAGCGGUGCGAAGGGGUCGAUUUGGACCGACAGGCCCUCUCAAGCAGGACGACGGCGAGGUUGCCCAUGUCGAAGUCGUGGGUCCUACCCAGAACGACGACACCACAGAGACUCCCUCGAGCACUACCGACAGACUAUUCCCCUUCGCCCCAGAGUCAUUAUCAGACGAUGCACUGCCCUUUAUCCCCAAGGAACUGAUCCUCGAACGCGGCAGCAAGCGCUCUAAAACAGAAGAUCAACAAGGGGUCAGUAACGGAGAGGAGCAGAAGCAGCAGCAAGACCACGGAGCGGAACACUGGAUUGUCAUUGACAACAUCGUCUUCGAUUGCAGCGAAUUCAUCUCCGAACACCCCGGCGGUCAGCAGGUCAUUCUCAGCUUCGUAGGGGAGGACUGUUCCUGGCAAUUCUGGCGGUUGCAUGGCAAGAACAUCAUGGAGCAAUAUGGGCGUGCCCUCCGGAUCGGGAGGACCGAAGGGGUCAAGAACAGAUUUGUCGAACCUGUCAGAUACGUCGGCUUGACGAAGCUCGGUGACGACGGGUGGUAG